GUGCCUCCUCGUCUUCCGCCCUCUCACCAAAUGGACUGGUGAAGGUCUCGUCCCUCGUUGAGAUCGAGCAACAAGUUGCUCACUUGCAGAACAGAGAGAAAGAGAGGGUGGGAGAUCGAGUAAUAAUAAGCAGGAAGGACGAUGUCGAGCAUUGCGCUCUUCGUGUUCCUCUCACUUCUUGGCCUGUCCUCGGUUGGCGCCGAAGACCCGUACCUCUUCUUUACGUGGAACGUCACCUACGGCACUAUCAGCCCUCUCGGCGUCCCUCAACAGGGCAUCCUCAUCAAUGGCCAGUUCCCCGGACCCAACAUCAACUCCACCACCAACAACAAUAUCGUCCUUAAUGUCUUCAACAACCUGGAUGAGCCCUUCCUCUUGACAUGGAACGGAAUCCAGCAGAGGAAGAACUCGUGGCAGGAGGGCAUGCCGGGAACCAACUGCCCCAUCCCUCCCGGCAAGAACUUUACCUACCACUUCCAAGUGAAGGACCAGAUCGGGAGCUUCUUCUACUUCCCCUCGAUGGGCAUGCACCGGGCCGCCGGGGCCUUCGGCGGCCUCCGUAUCAACAGUCGCCUCCUCAUCCCUGUGCCCUUCGCCGACCCUGCGGACGAUUACACGGUCCUCAUCAGCGACUGGUACACCAAGAGCCACAAGGUCCUAGCUGGGCUUCUCGACGCCGGCCGCAGCAUCGGCAACCCUGCCGGGGUCCUCAUCAAUGGACUCACCGGCAAGGACAAUGCGCCGCUCUUCACCAUGGAGGCCGGGAAGACGUACCGUUACCGCAUCUGCAACGUCGGCCUGAAGGUGUCCCUCAACUUCCGGAUUCAGUCUCACCUGAUGAAGCUGGUGGAGAUGGACGGAUCGCACACCGUGCAGAACGACUACGAGUCCCUGGACGUCCACGUCGGGCAGUGCCUCUCCGUGCUCGUCACGGCCAACCAGGAGGCCAAGGACUACUACAUGGUCGCCUCCACGCGCUUCACCAAGUACUCGCUAUCCGCCACCGGCAUCAUCCGUUACGCCGGCUCCGUCGUCCCACCGUCGCCCGAGCUGCCGAAGGCACCCGUCGGCUGGGCCUGGUCGUUCAACCAGUGGCGGUCGUUACGAUGGAACCUCACGGCCAGCGCCGCCCGGCCCAACCCCCAGGGCUCCUACCACUACGGAGGCAUCAACAUCACCCGAACCAUUAGGCUCGCCAGCUCCGUGGGGCUCGUCAACGGCAAGCGCCGCUUCGCUCUUAACGGCGUGUCGCAUGUGGACACCCCCACCCCGCUCAAGCUUGCCGAGUACUACGGCAUCGCCGACAAGGUGUUCAAGUACGACAGCAUCAGCGACGAUCCACCGGAAACCAACGCCCCCAUCACGGUCGCACCGAACGUCUUGAACGCCACCUACAGGGACUACAUCGAGAUCAUCCUCGAGAACCCCGAGAGGAGCAUCCAGUGCUACCAUUUGGACGGCUACUCCUUCUUCGCCGUCGGGAUGGGGCACGGGAAGUGGACGCCGGCGAGCCGGAGGACCUACAACCUGCUGGACGCAGUGAGCCGGCACACAAUUCAGGUGUACCCGAGGUCGUGGUCGGCGAUCAUGCUUACGUUCGACAACGCCGGGAUGUGGAGCUUGCGGUCCGAGAUGUGGGAGAGGCACUACCUGGGUCAGCAGCUCUACGUCAGCGUGGUGUCUCCAGCGAGGUCCCUGAGGGAUGAGUACAACAUGCCCGACAACGCGCUGCUCUGCGGCGACGUCGCCAGCCUCCCGAAGCCGCCAUCGUACGUCUAAUGUGUGAUAAGGGCCCGGAAUAACCUCGUAUACAUAUGUAAUAUGUAAUGAUGUACAGCAAUCCAAGCAAGAGGCAGGGGGGGGGCGAUGAAUGAUGAAGCAAAACACCCGAGAGAUCGAAUGUCUGCUCCUACUGCUGUUGCUGCCUUUUCUAAUGCUACAUCAGCAGCAGGACUCCUGUAUUGUUCUCAGGUUCUGAUAUAUAAGUGGAUUGCUAUUUUACCAAAGGAUCUUGAUUCUUUUUA